AUGAUAGGCUACAAAGCGCUGCCAUUGGGCAAGUCCUUGAACAGGAAAGUGAAGCUAACAGUCACACAGCACUUCAAACACCUUGCUUUUAGCACAAUUGCAUUUACACUUUGGACAAGGAACUAUGAGCUCCUGAAGUUGAAAUGCAGGGAUGUCAAGCUUGACAUGACUGAACUCUCUCUCACCAUUAAUGAGCACAACACUUACUUCAAGAUCCACCUGAAAAACCAUAAGGGAUGGCAGAGAAAGUUGGAUAAGGGGAUGAGGGAAGCUGACCUACAAAGCAAUCACUACAAGAUUUAUCCAUGCCCAGAUAUGGGCAAGCCAAUGACUGAAGAGGAUUUCCUUUUCCACACAAUUGGAACAAAUGACAUGCUGCAGCCAGGCAGUGGUGGGGUCCAGAAUUCCCAGAAUGUUCACAAUGCAUUGCUACCAUUGUGGUGGAGUGCAGUACCGCUUCAUGUUCACACCAGUGGGGCAGCAAUGGACCCUUGCACAGGUCUGGUGGUGAGGCAGGUGGUCAGAAGCAACACACUGCAACCAGUCCCUCAUGAAGGUGAUCAUUCACUUGCAGGCAAAGCUGUGCUCAUCCAACCAGCAUCCACCAAGGUGCUCAGCAUGGCUCAUGCAUCAAUAACAGCUGAUGUGGCAUCACUGCACAUGACUGUGAGGGAAGUGAAAGAAGCCUCGUGCUCACUAUCAACAGAUUUCAGGAUGCCACAGGCUGUCCAGCCAUCAGAUGUCUUGUUCUUGAUGUCCCUCCCUUCAUGUAUCAGACCCCAGAGGAUCAAGACCCACAUGUCUACUUCCCUUCUGGGAGUUGUCAUCCUGGACAUGCCGGUCUUGCAUCCCAAUGGGACACAGACCCCAAAAUCAGACUCUCGGAGGGACAUAGUGCACCACUGGACAGAGGAAUUCCUCAAUGAAUUCCAUGGGGAUGAUGAGACCUCCCUCAAGAUUUAUGGAAGUGCUGUCAGUCAAGGACACAUGAAGCUCCUCAAAGUGAUCUUGGCUGCCUGCAAAUGGUAUUGUGGAGCUGGGGAUCGUUGUCAUCGCCUCACAAGUGAAGAAGUCUGCAAUGAUUCUUCUUCAGUGCUCCAAGGCAUCAGCAAGCAGCAAUGA